GGCGCCCUGGGGCCACCUGCAGCCUCCUGGACAGCGGGCUGCUGGGUCCCCGGAGUAAGGCGGACUUGUACCUGUAGGGUAUCCAGAAGGUCGGGACAGAGGUAUCGAGGAUGGAGCUGGGUCCUAAGGGAUGACUAGGAACUCGGCAGGUGGGGAAGAGGGAAAAAGGUUUUCCUGGCAACGGGGAGAUCGCGAGGCUUGGAGGAUAGACGGGGUGGAGGGGGAAGCUGAAGGAAGCGUGGUGCAGACUCUGGUGGUCCUUAGGGGCAGUGCUGAAGUAACUGGUUUUUAUCCCUCAGGAAUUAACCGACUUGCAGAGGGAUCCUCCUGCCCAGUGUUCUGCGGGACCUUAUUCCACUGGCAGGCCACCAUCAUGGGCCCGAAUGACAGUCCUUACCAAGGAGGUGUUUUCUUCCUGACCAUCCACUUUCCUACAGAUUACCCAUUCAAGCCCCCAAAGGUCGCUUUCACAACCAAAAUUUAUCACCCUAAUAUCAACAGCAAUGGCAGCAUCUGCCUUGAUAUCCUGCGGUCUCAGUGGUCUCCAGCAUUGACUGUGUCAAAAGUUCUCUUGUCCAUCUGCUCACUGCUCUGCGACCCCAACCCCGAUGACCCUCUGGUACCAGAGAUAGCUCACACCUACAAGGCCGACAGAGAAAAGUACAACAGACUAGCAAGAGAGUGGACACAAAAAUAUGCUAUGUAAGUGCCUCGGAGAUUUUACGGGAGACAUUGUCCAAGAGAAGCUAGCAGAGAGGUCUUCCCUUAAAACUUUGGGCUGUUGGCUGAGCCAUUCAAAGAGUGUCAUCUGUUCUUCAAAAAAAUUUGGUCUCCACUCUCUCCAGCUGCAGCAUGUUGGUGCCAUUCUCAGCGGUUAUGGCUUUGACAGUGCCACCUCUUUGCUGCCAAAUCAGCAGCCAUUGUUGUUAUGAUCUGCAGCCUUCCUGGUUACACUGGAAUCUCUCUCUCUGCCACCCCAGUUUAUCUGCUGGUCUCUUGGGGGGCCAGACCCUGCACGUCUCUCCUACCUAGCCUCAAAUGGUGCUGCUGCCCAUGAUGGUACCAUACCAGGGCCUCAGCCUGGCCCUUUACCACAUACCCUUUGCCUUUUAGAACUCAGUGCCAUCCUGGGUGCCCAAGGCAGAGCAGGCUUUCCUCACACCCGUCUGCUGCAGAACCUGAGGAGUCUCUGCCCAUCCUGGAGGGAAUUGGGAACAGCAUUACUGGGAAGUGAAGGCCUAGCCCUGAGGCUUCCACCAGUCUCCUCCUGCAGUGCCACGUGCUGGCAUUUCUUCCCUCACACCAAGAAGCAGCAAGUGGAAAAUUUCAGGAUACAAAGCACAUAACAUCCCAUAAGAGAUGACUAUGUUUUUAGAAGCAAGAGCAAAAUUAUGAAACCUCUAGAGAUUUGGGUUAUGUUACUCCAUUUGAUGAGGAUUCUCACUACCCCCUGCUCCUCCUACUAGGAGCCUACACUAAGUCCAAGUGUGAGCCAUUCACAGACUAGAACACAAGGAGGGAGAGAGACUCUUAAAUGUAAAUAAAAAUUCACUCAUAAUUCUAAAUGAUAA